AUGGAUCUGCGCGCAUCUGCCACCGAGGCCGAAGAUGUGGCGGCCCGCUUCACGCUUUUUCGUGCCCCUCUGCCCGAACACGAGGCUGAGAUUACUGAUCUCAUCGCCGACUUGUACACCAUCAGUUCGUCGCUCCGUAGGCUAGAUGGUCUAUCCAAGGAUCCCGCUCGCACUCGCAAUUGGCGCAUCGUCGUGCGUGACGUCGCUUUGCUCCAGUCCAGUCUUAAGUAUACCGUCGAGGAUAUCUUGGGCGCGUUGGGUCGUUUAAAUGGUGGUGCGGCCCCGACUGGGAAGUACAGAGAGGCAUGGCGCACUAUGGAGCUGUUCUGCUGGGAAGAGUCGAAAACCUCCCUCCGGAUGCGACUGGCGAGGUAUAGAGCCUUCCUUGGGGAGCUCGGCGAUGUCAUGCAAAACAAAACCCAAGAUUUUCCCCUCCUAGAUGCUCAUCGCGAAAACCUCAAGAUGUUGGUAACGACACAGGAACGCCAACGGGUAACUGACCGAUUUGGACGUAUGUCUUUUGGUCGCAACCCCCCAUCUACUGGUAGUGGCAGUGGUCACAGCACUGCACCUAGCAGCCCUGUCAGUGAUCGACGCCCAAGACGUGGAUCGUUCGAGCGUCCUCGCCCCUCCAAUCGUUCUCCUCAAUCCCCUCUAUCGCCAGCUUUUGGUGGAUUCCAUAUACCUAUUCCACCACAAGCCCCAGAGGCCCCAGAGGCCCCGAGUUCGCCGCUCACCGGAUCAGCAUCUGCAACCACCAACACCAGCCAAUCGGUUCGUUCCGACGUCAUACAAAACCACUGGGUCAAAGAUGCUUUCAAUGUUUUCAACACAGGAACUCAACUUUCGUUUGAUAAUGAAAGGAUAGGAUGCUUCGGAAAACCCACACCAGGGAUCAAGGAGCAGCUUACUGAAGAUGGAUUCGAUCGAUUAUUACGGCUGGACUUUGACGACGGGUCCGACAUGACCGUCUAUUACUAUCUGAGAGAGACCGACAACCGAACCCGUAUUAUCAUCCGGACACGAGAAGAACACGGUAAUGAGUAUUUCUGCUUACCACUAAACAUGCUGGAGAUCAUUCGCUCAGGCUCGUCCCUUCAGCUUUGCCGUAGACGCAACUCUGGAAGGGAGCUCCAUGCGUGGGCUUCCCUGGGCUUCGACACUAUUGAAUCGAUGGUGGAAUUCUUCUCUGUAUUCCUGGCGCUUCGUUCCCAGGAUACAACCAAGGCCGUCCCAGGCAUCCGAGACUAUGAACUAGAGGGGGAAGAGCAGAUCUACGGAGGUCAAAUACUGGAUGACAGUCGCAGGCAUGCAUUGCGCGUUUACCGUGACAAGCAGACAAAGGCGGUUCGAUUCCAAUCGUCUGUUCUUGGGGGAGAGAUGGACAAGGCCCCCGUUUGGACUGCUUUCGUUACCUCCAAUAUCGGUCGACGUGGCUGGCUCCGUGCCCUUGAUCCGAGAACCAUCCUUGUUCGCGACCUGCAACCAUUAGUUCUGCUACCCGCCGAAGCAUACACGCUGCCUCAGCUGGAAACUGGUCAGCAUGUGCUGAGAUUCAAAACGCCUGAAGAUGCGGAAACCUUCCUGGACAGCAUAGAGGGGCUCGUCGAAAAGAAGACCCGCGGAGUUCGCUAUGUCUAG